UAUUGGUAGGGUAGGGUUAAGUCGCCGUAUCUUCCGGCUUGAAAUGUCAGCUAUUCAAAUGUCAUCUGGGUGUCAAUUGUCACUUUGAAUUUCUCGAAAGAUAUCUGAAAGUGCGACAGUGUGCUGUUGGUCAGAAUAAUAUACGAAUAAAUAGAAAGAAUCAUUAGCGAAUUGAGCCAGGGAAAAUCUUGACGGAAAUACAACGCUAUGGCUACAGAUAUUGAAAGACAUUUAACAAAAUUGCGGGAGUUUCAUCAGGAACAUCUGUUACAAUAUUGGGAUGAAAUAAGUGAUGAUGAGAAAUUGCUGCUCAUCAAAGACAUUGAAGAACAAAAUCUUAAGGAAGUUUCCACUUAUUUUGCCACUGCUAUUUCUUCGCUGGAUGCUGAUCACCUUGUAUUAGACGCCAAGCUGCGCCCUAUACCUGCUAAAGUAAGUGCCUCGGCUUUGAACUCAACACCUGAAGAACUUGAAACUUACCAAGAUUUGGGACUCAAAGAAAUAUCUGAUGGACGAGUAGCUGUUCUUCUCAUGGCUGGAGGGCAGGGGACACGAUUAGGAGUAAGCUAUCCUAAGGGAAUGUAUGAUGUAGGUUUGCCAUCUGGUAAAAGUUUGUUUCAAUUACAAGCUGAAAGAAUACUUCGACUUCAAAAUUUAGCUGAGCUAAAAUACAAAAAAAGAGGUUCAAUAACUUGGUAUAUACUCACAAGUGAGGCAACAAUUAGGGCAACUAGGGAAUUUUUUAAACGUCACAACUACUUUAAUCUGAAUGAAAAAAAUGUCAUCAUGUUCGAGCAAGGCAUGCUUCCUUGUUUCACUUUAGAUGGUAAAAUUAUAUUGGAUGAAAAAUAUAGACUCGCUAGAGCCCCUGAUGGAAAUGGAGGACUUUAUAGAGCAUUGAAAGUACAAAGAAUUUUAGAAGAUAUGGCAGAAAAGAAUAUACGGUCAAUUCAUGCACAUUCCGUAGAUAAUAUUUUGGUCAAGGUGGCUGAUCCAAUAUUUCUCGGAUACUGUUUGUCGCGAUCAGCUGAUUGCGGCGUUAAAGUAGUUGAGAAAUCAUCUCCUACUGAAGCUGUGGGAGUUGUUUGCCAGGUGGAUGAUAGUUAUCAAGUAGUUGAGUACAGCGAGAUAACCGAAGAGACUGCAUCGCUUCGCGAUGAAAAUGGAAGGCUCAAGUUCAUUGCUGGAAAUAUUUGCAAUCACUAUUUUACUAAGGAUUUUCUGCAGUCAAUUGCAGAUGUUCAUGAAACUGAACUGAAACUUCAUGUAGCUAAAAAAAAGAUUCCAUAUGUCAAUCAAAAGGGAGAACGUGUUGUUCCAUCAACACCAAAUGGUAUCAAAAUAGAGAAAUUUGUGUUUGAUGUUUUUCCAUUUUCCAAAAAUUUUGCUGUGUGGGAAGUAACUAGAAAAGAAGAAUUCAGCGCUUUGAAAAAUAAUGAUUCAGCUAAUCGGGAGUGCCCAUCAACUGCACGCAAGGAUGUUCUUGAGCUUCAUAAAAAUUGGUUGAAACAAGCUGGUGCUACUACUGUAGAGGGAGAUGUCGAGAUAUCACCACUUGUGUCAUAUGCUGGUGAAAACCUUAGCGUUGAAGGAAAAAGUUUCAAAGGCCCAAUUGUCUUGUAAGAACUAUUCAGACUUUAUCUUACAAGUAAUUGACAUACUUAAUUUUGUAUUCAACGAGCUUCGUUUUAUUAUGACUUAGAUAUUAUAUACGAUGAUAUUUAGAUUCCGAUAAGACAAGCAAGCGAUUGAAUGUUCAAAACAUUCUCUCGAGUAAAUGGGCUGUUUCGGUCUUAUGAAGACUUAUAGCCUUUAUGAUUAUGAUUUUUAAUUUAUAUAUUCAAGUUCUUAUAGAUGGUUGGAUAUUAAUGUAAUCCAUGUUACAUCACAAUUUCAAAGUAUUCCUAUGUGUGUUCUUGAAAAGAAAUUUGUCAAUAGUUGGUCAUAUUUUUUUCCAAGAUAAAUGAUAUCUUUUAGAUGAACACAUCGCAUAUUAUAUUGCAAUUGUUACUACUUCCAAAGUUUCGCAUCUUGAUCACCAAUUUCGUUGCAAUCAGAUCAUUGAAGCUGUAUGAGUAUGUUGAAAAGUAACUUCACCAGUUGAAGAUAUUAUAAGAUGUGAUAAAUUGUUUUGGAAGAUGGUAUAUAUUUUUUUGCUAUUAUAAAUUGAGUUGCUUGUUAUUUAUAAUUAAAUUUCUCUUCCUCAUAGUUUUAUCCCUACAGUCACUCCAAGAAGUUUUGGGAACUCUGUACCCAGAUUUUAAAUCAUAAAGUUGUAUUUUAAGAAUCCAAUAAGCAUACACACUUGGUAGGCUACAAUGUGUAUAAGUGAGCGUCAUUUACGACUUUUAUUCGUAUUUGCUAAUUUUAGACAAAUGCAUAGAUUUUUUAUGAACAAUAUUUAUAUGUGCAUUAUAUACAUGCUCUACAUUGCAUGAAUUAUCAACAUUUGAGUGAGAUAAAUUUUUUUGCUGUAUGUGCUCUUUGUCAGAUGUGAUUUUUAUAUGACCUCAUAACUAAAAUCAAAUUUUCACAAAAAUCCAUGAGUGUAGAAUUGGUACUUCAGUUACUACAUAGUAGUUUUACCGUCGAGAAUGACCAAAAGAAUAAUAAUGAUUCAAUCAGUUAUGGUGGAACCUUUGUUACAUACCAUAGAAAAGCAAUGAAAAAUAGUAUCAAUAUAUUUUCUAAUGUACAAAAAUAUUACUCAAAUCUAAGAAUGAGGACAUAGUUUUAAAUGUAGACAAAUUUCGUACUCUAAAUUAAUACGUAGUUUUGAAUACCACGAAUAGAAUUGUAUAUUCCUUAAUCUGUUUCCUAAAAUUCUAUUUGCUUAAAUAGAAUUGAAUUAUUUUGUUCAAGCGGAUCCGUACAUAUCGAAAUCACCUAUUUAUCCAAUUAUGUAUAUAUCAUCCUUUUCAAUGUGUGAAUAAAUUAAUUGUAAGUUUUUUAUAUUACUGAAUGAACGAAAAAAGAUAUAAUAAUAUCGGUUCAUUACUUCAAACACAUUUCUUCCUAAAUUUAUACUUCUUUCUCUGUCAACGAUUGAUUUAUAUUAUGUAUAAAAAUUUAACUCAAAUUGCUCAACAAUGGGUAACGACUGCUACCUCUGUUCCUGAUUAGCUGGCAAAUCUACUUGCAAUGUUAUGUUGAAAUCAGAGAGCCACUCCUUUGCUCAUUGAUAUGAAUAGCUUCCGGGAGAAGAACUUGGGAUGUAGUAUAACGACAAUAAAUAUGGAAGUAAGCGUGACUUUGAUUUAGAAUUUGGUAUCGAUAUAACAUAGCUCUAAUACUUAGUUGAGUCAAAGUUGACCUGAUUACCAUUAACUAUGCCGGAUUAUGAAAUAUUGUUGUAUUGUUUAUGAGUUUUAUCAUAGGUACAUUAAACCACAUUAGUGAAAUCUGAUAUAUAAUUAAUUUGGACAUACACAAAGAAAGUCAAUUAAUAUUUUGCAAUAACGAGACAAAUUGUGCCUGAAUGACGUUUGAAUUAUAUAUAGCUAUUAAUAUACCUGUAAACUAUUCGAUAUUUACAGGUAUCCAUUUUGUAUCCUAACAUUGAGAAAGGUCACAACAAGAAGAGCUCACUAGAAGUGAGACACAAUAUCCUAUAGCAAAUAAAAUAAGAGUUAUCUUAAAUAUCAUACGAUUUAAUGUAUGGUGGCGGGCCAAUCAUCUCUGAAUAAAUAUAUUCUAUUUUUAAUGCAA